UUGAUCAAGUAGCAAGUGGACACCGCAGGCUUUGUCACAAGCAUCUGGAUUUGCUGGGGCACCAGACAGAGAGACAAGACCAUGUGGCUGUCCCCAGUUCUGCUCCUUCUCUGCCUCUCAGGCUCUUUGUCCCUGAUGGGCCCCAGCUCUGUGACGGGCACCUUGGGUGGCUCUCUGAGUGUGCCGUGUCAGUACAAGGAGGGAUACCAGAGGCAUAACAAAUACUGGUGCCGAGGAGAGUACAGCAUAACAUGUGAGAAGAUUGUGGAGACCAAGGGAGAAGAGAAAGAAGAGAGGAGUGGGUGUGUGUCUAUCAGAGACCAUGCUGAUAACUUCACCUUUAUAGUGACCAUGGAGAACCUUACUACAGACUAUGCUGGAUCCUACUGGUGUAGAAUUCAGAGAAUAUGGUUACCUGACCCUUUAGUCCAGGUUAACGUGUCUGUUUCUGCAGCACCAAAUAAAACAACAGAGAGGACCACAUGUCAAGCUGUACCUGCUGCCUUUCUGGGGCUGAACGGCAAGCAGAACCCCAGCACCGAGGAGGUGUUGACCUACUGCUCAGGGUCCUUGCUCAGCAGUGUCCACUUCUGGCUCCUGAUCUUCCUGAAGCUUCCCCUGUUCUUGACAUUGGUGGGUGCUCUCCUCUGGGUGAAGAGGCCUCAGACGAGCUGUGGAGGAAAUAAGCCUAAUGAGGAUAAUCCACAAUGUAGUACACUGUCCCCAGGAAUGCCCUGUCCAAGAAUGUAGCCCUUCAGACUGGACAAGAGAGACCUUCAGACUCUGGACUCCAGGGCAGGGGGGCAGCAGUGCCUGGAUUCUGGAGGGACCCAGGUCUUUUUGAGGGUAUUGUUCCAGUGCCUGGAGGGAGAAUCUUGGGUCUUAGAGGACACUUGCUCUGAGUCCUCAGGUGCAGGAAGGAUGAGUCUCCUGGGUUCAUGCUCUGGGUCCUCCUUUCUCUGCCACAGAUCCUUUAGCUCCUUGCCCUCAUGCCUACCUCCCAAGCGCAAGAAUUCUCUGGAAGUUGCUGGGAAGCCUGGCCCUUUAUGCUUCUCCUUUCCACAAAAGCUUCUCAGUUCAGUGUUCCCCAGGGCAAUAACCACCUCUUUCCAGCAGCCAGGAGGCUCCGUGAGGACUUGCCCCUCACAACCUCCAUCCUUGGGCUCAGAGGGCUUCAACCUCACUUGUGUCCCUGAGACCAGGGAGUGUAUGGCUGGGCUCAGCAUCUCUCUGCCUGGGCCAGCUAUGACUGAGAAACCUCAGGUUAAAGCUCUGGCGCUGAUUGGAGCAGUAGUGGGAUGAUGUAGUAGGUGCACCGAACAUCACUCCUGGAAUUCCCCAACUGGGAGGGCCUCCUGUGCACAGAGCUGAUGGAUGGUCCACUUCAGUAGAAGUCUGGCUGAAGACACAUGUCAACAGCUGGCCCUUUCCACAGGACAAGCAGACAUAGUUUUCCAAAGAAGGGCACAGGACCCAGAGGUGAAGAAAUACUUCCCCAUUGGGAUGGCAUGAUGCCACAGGCACCACGGGACAUACCAGCCCCAGAAAGGACUCAGUUGGUUUCAAAUGCUUGUCAAUGGCUCCCUUCCGGAAGUGCGCAGGGCCGUACAGAGUCUGUCACAAGCACGCGUCCCCGGCUCCACUCAGCUCCUUGUGUCUAGACCAGCCCUCUCAUCUCUGCCACGCGAAGCCUUCCCUGAGCUCAUGAUGCCAGUUUCUAGAAAACGCUCAGCUCCUGAACGCUGUGUUUGCUGGCCGGGCGGCCACGCUCAGAACCCAAGUCCCAGCAUGGCUUCUGCUAGGGCAGGGCCCCUCGUGGUCCCUUGAGGAGAACUGGCACUGGCCCAGGACUCUGCAGAAGGAGAAAUUUAACCAAAGAGGCACAUAUGGACCGUAUGAUAAAACACACAUAGGGCGAUGUAGGAAACAAAAUGCUGGGCAAGAGAGAAGCUUAUGAUGUACUUUAUUCUUUCUCAAACUUAAUUUUAAGUAUUCUAGUUUCUUUAC